CGUGCUGCUGGUGCACGUCAGUCGGGAAGAUGGCGUUCGCCAGUGCGCAUCGCGUUUGUGCGUGUUGUCACGCCUGUUAAUCACUACUCAACACACAUUUACACCCACAAACAAACACGUUGACACCAGCAACCCAAUCAUUACAACUCGACCAAUAAAACACAACACGCUCGUUAUCACUCACUCUGAUAAGAGGUGAUGUGUGGAGAGGGGCGUUGAGGACAUCUUCGUCGUAGCCGCCGCGUGAAUGUCGCGCCCCGCCGGUGUGCAGUGCGUGCGUAUCACGACGCGCGCAAACUUCCCGGAAAAUUGUUAUUGUGCGCCCGGAAAAGUUCACAAUCGAUGAGGGCGCGCGGCGCGCUGUACGAACGAACAAAACGGUUGUAAUUUUUUGUAUAAUACAUGUGAGAAUUCAAACCGGAAAUAACAAGAUAAAUCACUCAAAAUGGUUGUGGGCGAAGCGAUGAUCAACAACAUCAUGGGAGGCAUAGAGAACACGGGGAGUGUUCGCCUCCACAAUCACAAACGCAAAUUAAAACAACGAUUCGAUAUAAUAAAAAAGCUGGGGCAAGGCACCUAUGGCAAGGUGCAGCUCGGUAUCAACAAGGAAACAGGUCAGGAGGUCGCCAUCAAGACGAUAAAAAAGUCCAAAAUCGAAACGGAAGCAGACCUGAUACGAAUACGACGCGAGAUCCAAAUUAUGUCAUCAGUGCAACAUCCUAAUAUAAUACAUAUUUACGAAGUUUUUGAGAAUCGCGAAAAAAUCGUUAUCGUAAUGGAGUACGCCGCCGGCGGUGAACUCUACGAUUAUCUUUUUGUACGAAAAAUGCUUCCGGAGGACGAGGCGCGCCGUAUUUUCCGACAAAUUGCCACAGCGUGUUACUAUUGUCACAAACAUAAGAUUUGCCAUCGUGAUCUUAAGCUUGAAAAUAUCUUACUCGACGAACACGGCAGCGCAAAAAUCGCUGAUUUUGGUUUGUCGAAUGUUUUCGAUGACCAUCGCCAUUUGUCUACGUACUGUGGUUCUCCGCUUUACGCCUCGCCUGAGAUUGUCAAAGGCACACCUUAUCAUGGACCGGAAGUUGACUGUUGGUCUUUAGGGGUGCUAUUAUAUACGCUCGUUUAUGGAGCGAUGCCUUUUGAUGGUAGUAAUUUCACGCGAUUGGUCAAGUCUAUAUCGCAAGGAGAAUAUUUCGAACCACAAAAUCCUAGUCCUGCUUCCGGUUUGAUACAUGAAAUGUUAACUGUGAAUCCAAAAAAGCGCGCGGAUAUUGAAAAGAUUUGCGCGCAUUGGUGGGUGAAUGAAACCUACGAUGAAUCGUGUUUAGAUAUCUCAGAAGAUCUGGCUAAUCAGACACCGGUACGAUUAGAUGUUCUUCUGAGUCUGAACCCACCGCCAGCACAACUCGAAGCUGAUAAAUUAGUUGUUACCGGUGAUCAAGGAGCGGAGGAAGUAAAGGCUGAACCAUUGGUGGCGCCACCUACACGGUCACAGUCUGUUGGGUCUAUUAUGGAGAUUAGUUCACCGGAAAGGCGAAUACAGGAACUUAUUGCCACUGAUAAGGAUAAAGUUACACCGAAAAGAAAAUUGGAAGCUACGGUUAGCACGGAGAAAGCGAAUGUGCCUCAAGAUGGAAAACGGAAAGAGAAAAUUGUCAAGGAGAAUACGAUAGCGGAUAUUUCUGCACCUGCGGCAACGUUUGAGGAAGAUGUUAAAAUGGUGGAUGUUGAGGAUCCAUCAAUGCAGGGAGCGGCAUGUGCGGAGAUUAUUGAAGAAGCUAAGAUUAAGGAAGCUACAAGGAAACAAGCUAGUCAAGUUAAAGAUGUAAAAGAUCCAAAGGAAAAAGUGAAACGAACAACUUCGGUAAGUCUAAGUACCAAAGUCUUGGAGGAGAUCAACGAGAAUCCAAGUCAAGAAAACAUCGCAGUUAUGAAAGAAAUUAAGGAAACGAAAGAAAAUAAAGAGAAUAAAGAAAACAAAGAUGUAAAUACAAAUAAAGUUGAAGUCAAAGAUGUGAAAGAAGAUGUUAAAAUAGCGGCAACUCCAGAAAAGAAGAAGAAGAGUGUCAGGAAAAAGCCUGCAGCUCUAGGUGAGAAGAACGAAACAGUCAAAACAAAAUCGGAAGUACAGAAAACAGAUACACCUGCUAUCGAAAAAGUAGAAAUUCCCAAGGAGACUCCAAAAGAAGUUAAAACUGAAAAAGUUGAAAAGAAAGAACCCACGCCCCCGAAAGAAGCUCCUGCAACAGCUCCUCCUACUCCAACAACUCCUUCAAAAGUUCCAGAACGAAGGCAAAGCCGAAUUUUCGAACAGGCAGAGAAAUUCCAAAGUCUAAUCUCAACCGGUGAAAAGGAAAAGAGUCCAGAGAAACAAAAACCAAAGAAAAUCAUAAUUCCUGGUGUUAGUGUAGGCGGGUUUAAGAAGGAGUUUGAAAGGAAAGCAAGUCUCACAAGCACAUCCCCUCCCAAAUUGAGGGGAGCCGCCUCCAAGAAGUUAAUCAUCGAUGAUAAGAAAGAUAGUAUUGAUUUGGACAAUGAAUCUACUCCUGGUACACCCAGUGUGGCAACACCAACAGUGGCAUCACCUGUAAAACCAGCAGAAGUGAAACCUAAAGUUGAACCAGUGAAAACAACACCAAUAAAUGUAGAACCCACGCCUACAAAACUCGAAGAGGUGGUUCAGACUGAAUCGGAAGCACCAGUUGAAGACGAACGUAAAAUCAAGAUGAAAAACGCCGUGAGUAUAAUCUCCAGUGCGUUGGAUAAAGAAGGCGCACGGAAGUCAAAGUCACGUCCUUGUAUGGUACGGAAACCGCCAGUGCCUUUCGGUGUUAGCGGACGUUCUGCUUCCGGCAGCAUUGGUGUAAUCCCACCUAUUGCCCAACCCACACCUAAGCCAUUCACAAGGGCUAUAUCUUCACCCACUCCCAAUUCUUCCACGCCUGAAGUUGCAAAGUCUCCCGAAUCACCACUGUCUCCUCCAAGUGAACAAACAUCCUCAGCGGAAAUCACUCUUAAAUCAGCUACUCUUCCAAGGAGAAAGUCCACAAAAGCACAGAUACAACUUGACUACCCUAAACCCAAACCUGCGACAAUGGAAUUCAAAACAGAGAUGUCACAUCAUGUUCAAGCCCCACCUGCUACACCUCAACAACGAAGUGAGGUUACCGUACCCAUUACCAGUCCACCACCCUUUAUGGGCUUCAGAUCUGUAUCUGUUGGUGCUGCUCCAAGUCAUGCGGAUAUCGACGUUAGGAAAAAAGAACAUAUUAUUCCUAUUUCUUUCGAGCGUCCUUUGAACUCGAACUUGAGAGAAAGGGAAGAGCCUAUUUUGUCACCACCGACAAAACCACCUGUGCCACGUGGUUUCCAAUCACAGCGAUCGUCAUCUUCACAAAGGACAAACUCAUUAUCGCGACAAUCCACACAAGAAAGUGAUACAGAAACCUCAACAACAGGUGAACCUAUUAAGAAAUCACCUCGGGAGUAUAUCAUCCCUAUUGCAGUGGAAGGUGGUGGAUAUGUUACACCACGUGCGGGUAGUCUUGAACCUAGUGACACGUCGAGUACUGUGACCAAUAGCAGUCGGUUAUCUAGUUCCAAGUUUAGAACACCCCGGCGAAUGAUGUCGCUAUUUGAUCGUGAUGGAUCUGAGGACGAAUCUCCAUUUAGUAGUCUUCAUCGGCAUAGUUCCUUUGGGCGUGAUAGCGAUGCCGAAGGGGAGGGUUCAAAACGAGAUAUGUUCCACAUGCACAAACUGCGUAGUUCUCGACCAAGGAAGAGCACCACAGAACAUGCGGAUUCAUUGAGUUCCGGUGAGGAUGAUGAUGAUGACGAUGGUUUCGAGUUUUUGACAGCUGAGAAUUUGUUCUCGACUUUAUUGUCAAGGGUUAGAGACUUAACUCAUCGUUUAAACGAUGAUCCAGCACGUCCAGUGUUCCCCAACAGUCGAUUCUUGAGCCAUUUUGAUCACGGUUCAAAGUUUUUCCCUCGAAUGGAAUCCCUGGGCACGUCACGAAACUCACCGCAUGGUAGACAAUUCAGCCGUGAGCGCAGUGUGAACAGCACUACACCAUGGCGACGCAGCGUCAGUCGUGACCUGGCGACUGAUAUCAACAGCGUCUUCCAGGAUUCUAUGCACCCUACCCAUACAACUUCAAGCUCCACCUUACCGCGUGGAGAAACCGAAGCACAAUUGCAUCUCGAGGAUUUGAAUCUGAAAAAGCUUAAGCUCACCGAAGAGGACGCCCUCGCGCUGUCGUACCUCACGCCUGGAUUGUCACGCAGGAUCCAGAAGCAAUUAUUUGCGUCGUUGCCUCCGUCCGAAGCUAAGAAGAUAUCACGCACUAUGAGCAUGCGUGAAGAAGAACGCGAUCGACAAAGUAUGCCUCGUGAGGAGUUGAGUGCGAGGAGAUCUUUGGAUCGUGCUGCAGGAGGGGCAUCAACGCUGCCGAGGAGGUUCUCUUACGAAAAGCGAUGCAGCAGCCAACAAAAUCUUACCACUAAUACUAACAACAAUAAUACUACCAAUGGGAGUGAUACCGAUAGGACGCCAUCUUUAUAUGGGCGUGAUGUACGGGAUGUGACGUCACCUUAUGACACUGAUAGAUCAUCAAGUUACGACUCCACUGCCAAUGCAACAAAAGAACGACCACGAUAUUAUCGUGCUACUAGUCUCCGUGAGCCGAGCGACUUCCGGACAAAGUUCCAUUCUUAUUCCUUACGAAGUCCCGAGGCAAGCAUCGCGGAGAUUUCCUCAUUAAAAGACGACGAGUCGCCCUUAAGCACACCUUUAUCUAAGUACAUGCACACCAAGCCAAUCGAAAAGGAUAAGAGUGAGAAACCAGCCCGGAGAAUCUCGAGAUUUUUACGUCCUGACUUUUUCGAUCCACCUAAAGAGGAUAAUGUCGUCUCCAAGGAGAAAAAGGAACGCGAACGUGAAACUCAACAAGUCCUCAAGGAGAUUCGAGAUAAACGAAUUAAAAAUCGCUUGAAUCUCAGACGUGAGCGCUCGUUAUCGAAGGAAAAAGACAUUGACACUAGUGAAAUAAAAGAAGUCAAGGAUGUAAAAUUCGACACGGAGGAAAAACUGAUAAAGUGUAAGGAACUUGUCGAAGCGUUGAAAAAGUCGAUAAAUACUGAGACGUUGUUGAAGAAUGUUUCCGAUAACAUUAAAAAUAUCGAAACGAAUGUGUUAUCAAGACAACAAUCGCAGGAAACUAAAAAAGUAUCGAAGUUAGUGCGACCGAAAAGUUAUCCAGCGGAAAAUGGGGUUAAAGAUAAAUCUCCCGAAGGCACUGCUGAAGUAGUAGUCAAGAAAGUUUCCAAACUCAAGAAACCUUCUUCAACAACGAAAUCCCCCGAGAAAACGGAAAAGUCAGCUUCAACUAAAAGUAAAUUUCUACAAUCCAUAGAGAAAAAGUUUGAAAAGCUUCGUUCACUUUCCGUCGAUGAUAAACCAAAGGAAAAAUCUAAGGUCAAAGUGCCCAAGGAUGAAAUCGUAAGUCCUGAUACAGCAGCCACAGCACCCAAAGCAGUCGAAUCAGCUAUAAAACGUUUACGUGAACAAAGCGUCCCGAAAAAUAUGGAUCACAUGACUGAAUCAACCCUUAUCAAAAGAGCUGUGUCUGUUGAAGACUUUUCCAAUGUUAAAACCACAAAUAAAUCACUACAACCAUCGCGGAAGAGUGUUUCGAAAAUUCUAAACUUAUUCAAGAAGUACGAAGACAAAGAUAAGGAUAAACCGACUGAGAAACCAAAAGAUGAAUUAGGCGAUAUUAAUGAAUCGAACAUACCGGCGUUUAAGCCACGUCCAGUGACCACGCCAACUCGGGAAGUGCGUGAUGUAACAUCUCCUGAAAAUGGUGAACGACCCAAGUCCACAUUUAUGGAUAAAAUGAAGAGAUAUAAUGGUUCACGAAGUGAUAACGUACUCAAUAAUACAAUAACCGAGAAAGUUGAACGUAAAUCUACGAAACUUCCAUCAUACCGGAAAAGUACGAAUGUUGAAAAUCGCAAUGGUGAUGACUUGAGUAAUAAUAACGUUGAAGUGAUUGGUGCUGAUGUGAAUGGAGUGAAUACUGAUAGACGUAAUCUAAAAUUAGAUCUUAAGAAUAUGAAUACGCCGGCUUCCUCGGAGUCUUCCGGUAUAGGACACACCCAAAGUGGUGAUUACAACAUCAAUCGGAUUUCGUAUACGACCGAUGAGAGUUCCACUCUGUUAUCUCCAUGUGAUGAGACUUUGAGUUGUGAUUCAUGGUCAGUUUGCUCUGAUUAUCAUCAACAGGAUUUAUUAUCACCAUUGUCACCAAAUGGUAACACCUAUUCAGGUUCCGGUGAUGAGAAUGAGUCUGUUAUUGAUCGUAUACGACGUAAGUCAUUCUACACAAGGUUUAAUGAGAAGAAGAAACCCAGAAAAGCAAGUUUAGUUGGUAACUAUAAAGAUUUAGACCUUUACAAGGAUUACAGUCAACGAACAGUCAAAUAUAAACUUAGUAUGACCUCAUCAUUGGACUAUGGAGGUAGUUAUCGCCGAAGCAGUGGAUAUUCUUCUUCCGGCGAGGGUGAUCUUGAGUAUAGACCAUAUGUGCGGAGCAAAUCAGUGUCCAAUGACUAUGUCAACGUACCCAAUCGUUACCAGACGUAUAAUCCGAGGAGGACCAACAUUGCUUCAUUGUACUCACCAUCAGAAGAAAGAAGCAGAGGGUAUGAUGAUAUCACCACUGGUGGUGGGACGUAUAAAAAAUACAAUUACAAUCAGAACAACGCCUCAAGCUCAUCACGCAUGAGUAGUUCAAGCAGGUCGAGUCGAUCACCAAGCGCUGACAUCCCACACAGAACCGGGAUUGGUUUCCAUCGCGCAUCGACUACACCUGAACACUCAAUGUCCCCGCCAAUGAUGCCCGAUACGCCUCCAGUGCACGCAAACAGCAAUAAUAUUACUGAGCACAUGGUUUAAACACUCAAAACAGAGGUCUUAUGCUCUAAUCUAGGAUGAGAAUCUAUUUUACUAUAUUUCAAUGAAUAUUCCAGUCAAUUACGAUUUACUCGAGCAAACGAGCACUUAACUAAAACGAAAUACUCUUAAACAAGUUACAAACAUUUCUCAGUGGCCAAAAUAUACUGCGAGACACAAGACAAAUCAUUUUGCUUAUCGUUUCAUGCGCAAAAUGCAUCUGUUUGUACAUACUUAACAACUUUUGUUGUUUUAUUUUGUUUUGCUUUAAAAGAAUCACUCACAACACACACACGAAUAAUACUUAUGUGAGUAUACACACACUUUUUGUAGCUUUCUUUUAUUUAUUAUUCUUAUUGAUUAUUUAUUUCGUACUUCUAGAACGAUUAGGUGUUAAGAUAAUGUUUAAGUUAAAUGAAUAUUGUUGCAAUAUUUAUAAUAAUGGAAGCAUUAAAAAAGAUUGUUAACAUUUUUGGCAUAUCUGGUACGGUGAGCGAAUCAAAAGUUUUCGAAACGAACAAAAUUUGAACCACGCAAGCAAAUAUUAAUAUAUUAAUUGUUAAAAUUAUAUUAUGAUAUAUUGUAAUGUUGAUUAAUUGAUACUCGUCGCGGGUCGAGUAAAUUUUAGGUUAACUAUUGCGACGCCAUGAUGAGUUAAGCGUUAAGUAAUGUAUGUUAACACACACGAUGCCAUUCGAUAUUAGGUUUAUAUAAAUUAUUGAUAUGAUUAGAAACGAUUGUACCGCGCAUAUACAUAUAUUUUGAGUUUGUGUGACACCGACGUUGAAUUUUGUGAUUUUAUAAAAAUUGUCAAGAAAAUAAUAAUGAACGACAUUGAACGAGAAUGAAAAACCAAACAAAAAACGAAUAAAAACAAUGAAAAACAUUUUAAUGAAA